UUGUCUCUUCCGACUCUGUUCUACCUAGAAUCCUACACACCUACACAUCGUUAUUGACAUAUCCGGUGCUUCCUAUCACCAACACCCCGCUUUCUUGAGCUCUUACAUACGUCAGCGUGGGCGAAGGAGAGUGAGCACGGAGCUUAGCAGCACGAGCUCUUAAACGCUUAAACGGCCCUCGGCUGAGAGCGCCACCCCACCAAACUAGUCACGACGUCAAGCUCGCUACUCAACAAACAUCCCCUCCCACUUCCUUACGUCACACCACUGAGCUUCCUUCGAGCUCUUCCGACUCUUAAUUUCCAGACAGCAGAGAGCAGUCCGGAACUGCUGGUUCAUCGAAGUCAAGAUGUCGACCGAUAUGGACUUUCAAGAUAUCCAGGACCUGGAGGCUGCCCGAAAAGCCGCCGGUGCUGCUGCUGCCGCUGGCAGCGACAAUGAAGAUGUCUUCGAAGAGGGCGUCGCCCCGAAGGAGGCUAAGACGGCGCAGCACAUUCGCGCAAACAGUUCUAUUAUGCAUUUGAAGAAACUCCUCGUUGCCAACAGAGGAGAAAUCCCUAUUCGUAUUUUUAGAACUGCUCACGAGUUGUCACUACAUACUGUUGCUGUUUUUAGUUAUGAGGACCGACUUAGCAUGCAUCGGCAGAAGGCCGAUGAAGCCUACGUCAUUGGUAAACGAGGCCAAUAUACGCCGGUCGGCGCUUACCUUGCCGGCGACGAGAUUAUCAAAAUUGCAUUGGAACAUGGUGUUCAGAUGAUCCAUCCUGGAUACGGAUUUCUAUCAGAAAAUGCCGAGUUUGCGCGAAAUGUUGAGAAAGCUGGUCUCAUUUUUGUUGGCCCAUCUCCCGACGUUAUAGACUCCCUCGGCGACAAGGUUUCUGCCCGAAGACUUGCCAUUGCCGCCAAUGUCCCCGUCGUGCCCGGAACCGAAGGCGCGGUUGCUGCGUUCGAAGAGGUUAAGAAAUUUACCGACGAAUAUGGAUUCCCUAUCAUUAUCAAAGCCGCAUUCGGUGGUGGUGGCCGAGGUAUGCGAGUGGUACGGGAACAAGCCAGUUUGAAGGAGUCCUUUGACCGAGCCACCUCCGAGGCAAAGACGGCUUUCGGUAAUGGUACGGUAUUCGUCGAGCGCUUCUUAGACAAGCCGAAACAUAUCGAGGUUCAGUUACUCGGAGACAACCAUGGCAACAUCGUACAUCUGUAUGAGCGUGACUGCUCGGUCCAACGGAGACAUCAAAAGGUGGUUGAGAUUGCACCCGCCAAGGAUCUUCCCGCGGAAACCCGAGACAGCAUUUUGGCCGACGCGGUGAAGCUGGCCAAAUCCGUAAACUACCGAAAUGCCGGUACCGCAGAGUUCUUAGUCGACCAGCAAAACCGUUACUACUUCAUCGAGAUCAACCCCCGUAUCCAAGUCGAACAUACAAUUACCGAGGAAAUCACCGGUAUUGAUAUUGUUGCGGCUCAGAUCCAAAUUGCCGCGGGUGCUUCACUACAGCAACUCGGGUUAACUCAAGACCGAAUCUCUACGAGAGGAUUCGCUAUCCAAUGCCGAAUUACCACGGAGGAUCCGUCUAAGCAAUUCCAGCCCGACACUGGCAAGAUCGAGGUGUACCGAUCCGCUGGUGGCAAUGGAGUACGUCUCGAUGGCGGUAACGGAUUCGCUGGUGCGGUCAUUACGCCGUACUAUGACUCCAUGUUGGUCAAAUGUACGUGCCAUGGCUCAACCUACGAGAUCGCGCGCCGAAAGAUCCUUCGAUCUCUCAUCGAGUUCCGUAUCCGUGGCGUAAAGACAAACAUUCCUUUCCUUGCUUCCUUGCUAACCCACCCAACCUUCAUCGACGGUAACUGCUGGACCACAUUCAUCGAUGACACACCUCAGCUGUUCGACCUUAUCGGCAGCCAGAACCGUGCCCAGAAACUUCUAGCUUAUCUUGGUGAUAUUGCUGUCAACGGAAGUAGCAUCAAGGGACAGAUUGGCGAGCCCAAGUUCAGGGGUGACAUCAUCCUUCCUGAGCUCUUCAAUGCCGAUGGCUCGAAACUUGACGUCUCCGAACCUUCUAAGAAGGGAUGGAGACAGGUCCUUCUUGACCAAGGCCCGAAGGGGUUCGCCAAGGCCGUUCGUCAAAACAAGGGUUGCCUGCUGAUGGACACUACUUGGCGUGAUGCUCAUCAAUCUUUGUUGGCUACCCGUGUACGGACAAUUGACCUCCUAGGUAUAGCAAAGGAGACGAGCCACGCUCUAUCAAACCUGUACAGUUUGGAAUGCUGGGGCGGUGCUACUUUCGAUGUCGCCAUGCGCUUCCUCUACGAAGACCCGUGGGAUCGUCUUCGCAAAAUGCGUAAGGCUAUUCCGAACAUUCCCUUCCAGAUGCUUCUGCGAGGAGCGAACGGUGUGGCUUAUGCUUCGCUUCCUGACAAUGCUAUUGAUCACUUCGUGGAGCAAGCGAAGAAGAACGGCGUUGAUAUCUUCCGAGUAUUCGACGCCUUGAACGACAUCAACCAGCUCGAAGUCGGUAUCAAAGCUGUACAAAAGGCUGGUGGUGUGGCCGAGGGGACCGUUUGCUACAGUGGAGAUUUCCUAAACCCCAAGAAGAAGUACAACCUUGAGUACUACAUGGACCUAGUCGACAAGCUGGUAGCCCUAGACAUUGAUGUCCUUGGUAUCAAGGAUAUGGCUGGUGUGUUGAAGCCCCGUGCAGCCACACUUUUGAUCGGCUCCAUCCGAAAGAAGUAUCCCGAUCUUCCAAUCCAUGUCCACACUCACGACUCUGCUGGCACUGGUGUUGCUUCCAUGAUUGCUUGUGCUCAGGCAGGCGCGGAUGCCGUCGAUGCCGCCACAGACAGUCUCUCCGGCAUGACAUCUCAGCCCAGCAUCAACGCCCUCAUUGCCUCGCUUGAGGGCAGUGAGCUAGAUCCCGGCCUAAACCCCGCACACGUUCGCGCUCUGGACACCUACUGGUCUCAACUUCGUCUUCUAUACUCACCUUUCGAGUCUCACCUUAUCGGACCUGACCCUGAGGUAUACGAACACGAGAUUCCCGGUGGUCAGCUGACCAACAUGAUGUUCCAAGCUUCUCAGCUUGGCCUCGGCUCACAAUGGGCUGAAACCAAGAAGGCUUACGAGCAAGCCAAUUACCUUCUUGGAGACAUCGUCAAGGUUACGCCCACUUCUAAAGUGGUUGGUGAUUUGGCACAGUUCAUGGUUUCGAACAAGCUUUCGCCGCAGGAUGUUGUCGACCGUGCCGGCGAGCUCGAUUUCCCCGGCUCAGUCCUCGAAUUCCUUGAGGGUAUGAUGGGCCAGCCCUACGGCGGAUUCCCCGAGCCUCUGCGUUCGAGGGCUCUUAGAGACCGUCGCAAGUUCGAUAAGCGACCUGGCCUCUACCUCGACCCCGUCGACUUCAAGAAGACGCGUUCUGAACUUGUGCAAAAAUGGGGGCAGGUUAGCGAGACAGACGUGGCUUCCUUCCUCAUGUACCCCAAGGUCUUCGACGACUACAAGAAGUUUGUGCAGAAGUUCGGUGAUCUCUCCGUGCUACCGACAAAAUACUUCCUCUCGGCACCGCAUAUCGGCGAAGAAUUCCAUGUGGAGUUAGAGAAGGGUAAGGUUUUGAUUCUGAAGUUGUUGGCUGUUGGUCCUCUAUCUGAGAAUACCGGUCAGCGAGAGGUGUUCUACGAGAUGAACGGUGAAGUUCGUCAAGUUACCGUUGAUGACAAGAAGGCUAGCGUCGAGAACGUCAGCCGACCUAAGGUCGACCCUGGCGACUCUAGCCAGGUUGGUGCACCGAUGGCCGGUGUCUUGGUUGAGUUGAGAGUCCACGAAGGGUCCGAUGUCAAGAAGGGAGACCCUCUCGCUGUGCUCAGCGCCAUGAAGAUGGAAAUGGUUAUUUCAGCUCCUCACAACGGUAAGGUAACAGGUCUUCAAGUCAAGGAAGGCGAUUCGGUCGACGGAUCAGACUUAGUAUGCAAAAUUGCAAAGUCUUAAGUAUGGUUUGAUUACUAAACUGGAUGACUCAUGGGAAUUCAAGAGCGGAGUAACGGUAUCGGUGACUGAUGAGGGUUUGGCUGGAGGGUGCUUAAGGGAUGGGAGGUUUGAGCAUUCGGAUUGGAGUGGACUCCUCUCAACGCGUAUGGUUUUGCUUUACUCCUAAGUUUUCUUCUUACUGUCGAGGGUACCAAAAUAUUCAGGUACAUCAAAUGUGCCUAGUCUUUGCUUCUACGAAUUAUUACUAUCAAUUCACCUAUUACUCUCUCGCUUGAGCAUAAUAUGUAUUCUGUCUUAAGUAGGUACCUACUGAGGAUGAUCUGAUCUAAUCACAUAUCCCAAUCGAUAUAUCAAAGACCGAAAUCCACGUCGUCCAGCUCAAGCGCGGGCAACAAAGCCAUGUGCAGCUUCGCAGACCCGUAAGGCACGAACCGCGCCGCGAACGGCUUCCCCGUGGGCUUCACGUCGAAGGUUCCCGGGUCAGCAGCCGUGUCCAGGACGACGGGCCAAUCGAUCUCGACAGCGGCGACGCGCAGCUCGACGGGCGGGCCGCCGAGCUCCCAGACGGGGUUGCCCAGCUCGUCCUCAGCGACCUCGAGGACGUCGUUCUCGGCGUCGUGCUCGACGUAGGUCCCGUUCGCGGCGCGCCGCACGACGCGGAUCUGCGAGGGGUCGACGG